AUGGCGGGGGCUUCAUCGCUAGUGAUUCCAGACAAAAUCGGAUCUUUGCUGUUUUGCAGUGCAUGUGGAUCGCUACUGGAUUUGCCAGACAACGAUGAUGUCAUUACAUGCACCCCUUGUGGAAGCACGCAGGAUGCACGAAUUUAUGACAAUCUCUCUAUUGUGACGCGCUCGCAUCCCUCGGCCUUCCCAUCGAUCCUGCGCCAGAAGCGACAGCUUGUCAGCAACACAGGAGGUGAUGCGGACAUGGAGACGAUGGAGCAGGCGACGAUCAAGGAAAAGUGCCCAGGCUGUGGCAAUGAGGAGAUGAAUUUCCAUACCCUUCAGCUUCGCAGUGCGGACGAAGGUACUACCGUAUUCUACGACUGUCCAAAAUGUGGCUACAAAUUCAGUCAAAACAACUAG